GAUGGUGACUAGGUGAAUUGUUAUGCUUAAAGGUGUAUGAAAAAUGAAAGCUUAGAAGAAGGUGAAGGGAGCAAAGAGACAACCGCCGCCAAUGGCGCAUCGCUCAUUGUUCCUCUCUCUCAGACGAAAUAGUAGCGCUUUACCCUCUCUCCUCAACACAGCGAGAUUCGUCUCUUCUGGAGCUGUGAGUAGUGAUUUUGAGGAAGACACUCGUAACUCUGUCUCUGUGGACGCUGAUGACCUAAGGAGCAGAAUCUUUAGGCUAAGGCUCCCCAAGCGAAGCGCCACUAACGUUCUUCACAAUUGGGUCCUCCAAGGAAAUCCUAUUACCCUCUCUCAGCUUCGGGAUAUUUCCAAAGAUCUUCGAAGAUCUCACCGUUACAAACACGCUUUGGAGAUAUCAGAAUGGAUGGUUAGCCAUGAAGAAUACGAGUUAUCAGACUCCGAUUAUGCAGUCCGCAUAGAUUUAAUGACCAAAGUUUUCGGCAUUGAUGCUGCGGAGCGCUACUUUGACGGCCUACCUCCCGCUACCAAGACAGCUGAAACUUACACAGCCCUACUCCAUUCUUAUGCAGGAGCAAAAUUGACAGAAAAGGCUGAGGAACUUUAUCAGAGGAUAAAGGAUUCAAAUCUCUCAUUUGAUGCUCUUACUUACAAUGAAAUGAUGACCCUUUACAUGUCAGUGGGGCAGUUUGAAAAGGUCCCAUCAGUUGUUGAAGAACUGAAACAACAAAAGGUUUCCCCUGAUCUUUUUACUUACAAUUUAUGGAUAAGUUCCUGUGCUGCUACUCUUAAUAUUGAUCAAGUUAGAAGGAUUCUUGAUGAAAUGAGUUAUGCUUCUGGUUCUAAUGAAAGUUGGAUAAGAUAUUUGAACCUGGCCAAUAUAUAUGUUACUGUUGGUCAUCUUGAUAAUGCAAACUCCAACUCAGUUGUUGAGACUGAUAAAAGGAUCACCCAAAGUCAAUGGAUAACUUAUGACUUCUUAAUCAUUCUUUAUGGUGGGUUGGGAAGUAAGGAUAAACUUGAUCAGAUAUGGAAUUCUUUGAGAAUGACUAAACAGAAAAUGAUUAGCAGGAAUUAUAUCUGCAUUAUUUCUUCCUAUCUGAUGCUUGGUCAUGCAAAAGAAAUAGGUGAAGUUAUUGAUCAGUGGAAGCAAUCAACUACCACAGAUUUAGAUAUGCUUGCGUUUAAAAAGAUUAUGGCUGCUUUUACAGACAUUGGUUUAGUUGAAAUAGCCAACAGAUUGAAUAUGAUUCUUAUUGAGAAGAACCUCAGUCAGGAAAAUAAUUAACUAGGAGUUCUUUGAGCGUGAAUCUGAUACAGAGUAUACAGAUUUGAGAUCAACUUUGCGAUCUUCAGAAGGGAAUUGUGUAUAUUCCAUUUGCCUUUUGCUAAUAGAUCCCAAAUGAAUAAAUCUGCUGUGUCAAUAACAGUUUUGUACUGCUUUUGUGGAUGUGUAAGAUUCCAUUGCUACGUUGCCAUUGGCUAGUAUCUUUGAUACUGUAUAAGCCUUCAAUUUUUCGCCCUUUUCUGAUAUGGUAGCUGUAAUGCUUGUGUGACUUUCAAUUGUUGGUUCGAAUUUGGAGCUAUGUCGCAUAUUCAUUCUUCAAAAACUAGUUAAAUUGAAUAUUUUCUAACUUUUCC